AGAUUGCCGCCGUUUUUUCCCCGCCAAGCUGCGGGAUUCAGCCUGUGGCCAUUGGCCUUUCGUGACGACGCCAUGGCCAUGAAAGUCACUGCAGAACUGAUGAGUGGCGAGGUGAUCGCCUUAGACGUGCCGUCAGAGAUGAAAAUCAAAGAGCUGAAGGAGGAACUGGAGGCUUUCAAUCCAUUAGAGGACGACGUCGCCAGGCUUUUCAGCACUGCGAGUAUCAUCGUUGGUGGGGAACAGCUGACUGAUCCCGAGACGACAGUCUCAGAGACUCUUCCUCUGGAUGGUGCCCAUGUGCAGGUUGUGUUCGUCUCCAUACCGGCCAUUGUGUGUUCCAGCCUGCGGCAAUCUGUUUGCAGUGUGAAGGAGUUGCAUGUCAUAUGCAUUCCUCCUACAGGAACAUUGAUUUGGCCACACGCCUUUCAGGGAUGCCAUUCCUUGUUGCGGCUUUUGAUCCCGGACACCAUGGCUCAAAUCGGGGACUUUGCCUUCGAAGGCUGCAGCUCUUUGCAGAAGCUCUGCAUUUUGGGAUCUUCUAUGAUUAGGAUCGGGAAUCAUGCCUUUGGCGGCUGCAGCUCUGUGACGAGGUUGGCCUUGCCUGACUCCGUGACACAGAUUGGGGGGGGCGCCUUUUUCCGCUGCAGCUCUCUGACAACUUUGACCAUCCCAGAGUCUGUGACAUGCAUAAAGGAUAGCACCUUUGGCGGCUGCAGCUCUUUGAGGAGUUUGACAAUUCCUGCCAGUGUGACGUCUAUUGGAAACCAUGCCUUUGCUGGUUGUAGCUCUUUGUCCAGUUUGGACAUACCAAACGGUGUGGCUGAGAUUGGGUACAACGCCUUUUUCGGCUGCAGCUCUCUGACAAGUUUGACCGUCCCAGAGUCUGUGACAUGCAUAAAGGAUGGCACCUUUGGCGAAUGCAGCGCUUUGAGGAGUUUGACAAUUCCUGCCAGUGUGACGUCCAUUGGAAACCAUGCCUUUGCUGGUUGCAGCUCUUUGAUCAGGUUGGACAUACCAAACGGUGUGGCUGAGAUUGGGUACAACGCCUUUUUCGGCUGCAGCUCUCUGACAACUUUGACCAUCCCAGAGUCUGUGACAUGCAUAAAGGCCGGCUGCAUCUCUUUGACCAGGUUGGACGUCCCCAACGCAGUGACAGAAAUCGGAGUGAAUGCGUUUCAUGGUUGCAGUUCUUUGACAAGUUUGACCAUCCCUGAGACAGUGAGGGAAAUCGGGUCAAAUGACAAGAAGAGACGUCCCACUCGAAGAGGAAGAGGUGGAAGACGCAGCCGUGCUGUGAAUGAGGUGGAAGACGCAGCCGUACUGUGAAUGUGUUGGAAAAUGAUGGAACCGAAAACCUUAGAGGUGGAUGGUUUUUACCUCAACAUGCAUGACCUGGGCAGAGCACACGGUGAAG